AUGUUUGCUUCUCUCCGUAACAACGCCAUCCCUCGCCGGCAACGGGCAUUCUCUGGGCAGUCUCUGGCAACAGGUGCUGUGAUCGCCGGUGGCUACUACUACACCCGCUCGAAGCAGACGGCCGACAUUGCAGAGGUCAGUUCCGCUCCGGUGACCACUGCUCUUGAUCCGAAGAACUUUACAAAGUUCACUCUGCGCGAGGUGCAGCCGAUCAACCACGACACGGCCCUGUACCGGUUCGCUUUGGGCGAGAACCAGGAGCUCGGCUUGAACGUCACCUCGUGCCUGGUGGUCAAGGCCAAGAUCGGUGAUGAUGAGAAGCCCACGAUCCGCCCGUACACGCCGACGUCGGCCAAGCACGCGCGUGGUCACUUUGAUCUCGUGGUGAAGACGUACGAGGCGGGCAAGAUGUCCAAGCACAUCCAUACGCUGAAGCCCGGAGACACGAUUGAGAUGAAGGGCCCGAUCCCCAAGUACCCGUACAAGGCCAACGCCCUGAAGGAGAUCGGCAUGGUUGCCGGUGGCUCUGGCAUCACGCCCAUGCUGCAGUUCAUUGAGCAGAUCACCAACGACCCCGAGGACAAGACCAAGCUGACCCUGGUGUUUGCCAACAAGUCUGAGGAGGACAUCAUCCUGCGCUCCACUCUUGAUGAGUACGCGCGCAAGCAUCCGGAUCAGCUCAAGGUCCACUAUGUGAUCGAUAAGGCGACUUCGGCUGACUGGAAGGGUGAGACUGGAUUCGUCACCAAGGAGCUUGUGCAGAAGUACCUGCCGGCGCCCUCUGAGGGCAAUGUGCUUGUUGUGGCGUGCGGCCCGCCGCCCAUGAUGAAGGCGGUCAGUGGCCCCAAGGCUCCUGACUACUCGCAGGGCGAGGUUGGUGGAAUCUUCAAGGAGCUUGGCUACUCGUCGGAGCAGGUGUUCAAGUUCUAA